UGCUGAUGUGAUUUGAAAGCUCCAAAUUACAACAUUAUCACACAGCCACAUCUCUUUUCUUCUGCCCUCUUCCUUCCUCCUCGCCUCGCCACAUAUCCCCUUCUGCUUUUGCUUCCCGACUGGUGACUUUGCUGACUUUAUUCAGGGCAAAGCCCCUUUGUACCAAUGCUCGAGGGCACGGGGUGCUCCUGUGGCCAUUCUGGGUGAGUUACCUGCCUGGCCAAGCGUGAAAUUUGAAAGAUCUGAGUGGAAACAUAGAGCAGGGAGAUCAUGAUUGUUUUUCCACAGCAUGGUGUGAGGCAUUUUCACUGAUGAGAGAGGCAGCAGAAAUAGUGUGGGGAAAAUAUAGCCUCAAGAAAGAAAUAUGUAAAUGUUUGAAUACACUGAAAACCCCCCUGCUUCGUCAGGGGCUUGUGCUCCACUUUCAUUCUGGGCUUUUUUUGUGGCUGAGGGUAAAAGCUCAAGGGAAUGGAGGGUGAUGUGGGUACAAACCCAGCAGAGACAAGGCAUGGGGGAGAUGUGUGGGGAAUCCAAACAUUGCACCCUGUCCCAAUGACUGGUUUUUAAUUAAUAAUAUUGACCACUGAGCUUCUGAGCUGGCUGUGGGGAGCAUCUGAGAGAUGACAUCACCUCUGUCCACGCUCCGCCGGCCGGGUGUGACUGCUGAGGUGUGAAUUCUGUGCCUGUCUUGGAGCGUGACCCGCCUCGAUAAAUAGGGGUGUUUGUGCACCCAGUCCUGCAGAGCAUCUGGGGACUGAGCCUUCCCUGAGGAUGGGAGCCCCCCUGCUCCCCUGGCUGCUGCUUCUGCUGCUGCUGCUGUCCCACUCUGCCCACACAGGUGAGCUCCGGGUGGCUCUGCUGGCAUCAUCCUGCACCCAGAGUGACUGGGGAGCUUGGGAUCCUCCUGCCUGUUCAGCUGAGGGCUGGCCUUGUUGCCAGGAAAAAGCAGGAGCAUCCUUUGCAGGGGUCUGGUUCAGCUUUCAGGAGCACUGUGGGAGCAGGGAACUGAGGUAGAGGCGCAGGUGGCAGCUGCUCACCAUGAUCCCUGCAGUGCUGUCAGUGAAAACAUGGGAAGGGGAACUUCCUUUGGCUCCUGGAGUUGCUGCAUCCCUGUCAGUGCUGUCUGCACCUGUAAGAUGCCACCUUCUCUCUCUCUCAGCCAUCCUGGAGGUGAAUGGGAACCUGAGCUGCAGGUGUGCCAAGACAACCUCAGAAUACAUCAGUCCCAAGAAAUACGAGAGCAUUGAGAUAAGGCCUGUGGGCAGCAGCUGCAGGCGCACCGAGAUCAUAAUUAAAUUAAGAACCUCAGGGAAGGUGUGUGUGAAUCCCGAAGCCCCCUGGGUAAAGAAGCUGCUGAAGCGCAUUGCCAGCACGAAGAAAAAAUAAGUUUCCUGCUAAGGAAGUUGGUGCCCAGAGCCCCGAGGCAGGCUGGUGGAUGAUGCCCAGGUGUGCAGAUCUGGCUGCUCCUCACUUUGCCCUCACUCCCUUCCCUUCCUGACAGCCCCACGUCUGGCUCUGGUGGCAGUGCCUGUGGGGAGGGUGGCUCACUGCUGGCCCCAGCCCCAUGGCAGGUUCCUGGGGAGUUCUCCCCUGCUCUUGGUCUCUGGAUCAGCGUGAAUAUGAAUCCCUCAUUUAUUUAGCUGCCUGUGGACUGCAAAGCUGUUCCCUGUCAGGGGCUGCUCCUGCUUCUUUAGGAAUGACUUUGUGACUUUUUCCGUGUGAAGUGCUUGGUGACAGAGUGUGUAUCUGAGGGUUGUGUGGCACAGUGUGGCAUGUCCUGUUCUGGAAGCUCAAGUCCAAUAAAAUCCAGGUUUUUUCUUUCUGUUGUAUUUUCCCUGUAUCUCCUGUAUGGCUUUGAAGCCAUGUAUGACAUAGAAUCAUAGGACAGCUUGGAAUAGAAGUGACCUCAAAGCCCAUCCAGUCCCACCCCCUGCCAUGGGCAGGGACACCUUCCACUAUCCCAGGUUGUUUCAAGCUCUGUCCAAUCUGGCGUUGGACACCUCCAGGGAUCCAGGGGCAGCCACAGCUGCUCUGGGCAACCUGUGCCAGGGCCUCACCACCCUCCCAGGGAACAAUUUCCCCCCACUAUGCCAUCUAACCCUGCUCUCUGGCAUUAUGAAGCCAUUUCCUCUUGUCAGGGGUCCUUUCAUCAUAACCUGUUAUUUCCCCUGGUGGCGAUUUGAGGGCACGAUACU